GCGGGGCGGUGGGAGCCGCCGUCAGAAAUGGCUCAAGAAGAGAUGGAAGUUGAUCUCCAGAUUACUGAUGACUCUGUAGAGAGCCUCGGGCCGCUUCCCGCAGCCCCCGCUGCUCAGGCAGCACCGAUGUCCCACGCUCCUCGGGUCGGUGAAGGAGGCGGCAGUGAGGCAGCUCCUCCCGGUGCUGACCUUGUCGGUGUUCGGAGUGCUGGGACCGGGAGAGAAGCGGGUGCGGAGCCUGACGGGCAGCCCCGGGCGGCCUCGGCUCUCAGCGGACUGCAGAGGGCAUUGGAGCCCCAUCGGGCACCGCCUGUGCCGCAGCUCUCCCAGCGGCCCCGAGUGAGGAGGGCUGGAAGGCAACAGAGAAUCCUCGGGGGUUCCCAGAGGGCGGUCAGUGCCAGGGCAGCAUUGGACAGUUACUUUCAACUCAGCAGGACCCAGGAGCCAGCCACAGGACCAGUUCCACAUCUGGAGCCCUCCAAUAUUGUCAGGGAGAGCCAGCAACAGCAGAGCUCAGAUGAAACAGUAGAAGUGAGUGACUCUGACAGCAGCACUUCUGAGGAGGAGGAGGAUGACACAGUGGAGGCUGCAGCACCAGAGCCACUGUCAGCCCAGGAGAGCCCUCCAGCAGCCAGCUCAGGAGCUUCCAGUCAGCUCCAAGUGGAACCACUGCAAGCUUUGUCUCAAGCUUCUGCAGAACAUGGAAGUCAUGAAGAUGAAGCAGCUGAAGUCCAGCAGAAGCAGAGAACUCCAGUAAGAAAAGUGGAACCAUCAGCUCCUGUUGCACCACCAGAUGAGGAGGAAGGAGAUACCUGUGCCAUCUGCUUUGAGCAGUGGACCAAUGCUGGGGACCACCGUCUGUCAGCACUGAGGUGUGGACACCUCUUUGGCUUCACCUGCAUUGACAGGUGGCUCAGGGGACAGCCAGGGAAGUGCCCCCAGUGCAACAAGAAAGCCAAACGCUCUGACAUCGUCAUCCUCUACGCUCGGACUUUGAAAGCUCUGGACACCAGUGAACAGGAGCGUAUGAAAAGCUCUUUAGAAAAGGAGCAGCAGCUGAGGAGACAGGCAGAGCUGGAAUCUGCACAGAGCAGACUGCAGCUCCAGGUUUUGACAGAUGAAUGCAGCAAACUCCGCAGGCAGGUUCAGGAGCUGAGGGCCCUGGUAGCCCAGCAUGUGAGUGCUUCUCAGCAGCCUGGCAGCUCCCGUGCCUGCCUCCCAAGCAGCCUUCCCUCCAGCCAAAGCCAGUGCAAGUACCACUUGGAAAAUGUUUUUGUGGUGUCUCAGAGUGGCAACUGCAGAGUAAUGGCUUACUGUGACUCUCUGAGCUGCCUUGUGGUAUCACAGCCUUCUCCACAGUCUACUUUUAUUCCUGGUUGUGGUGUGAAGAUGAUGAGUGUGGCCAACCUGAAGAGCAGUCAGUACAUCCCCAUCCACAGCAAGCAGAUCCGGGGCCUGGCUUUUGGCAGCAGAGCAGAUGGGUUGCUGCUCUCUGCUGCUCUGGACAACACCAUCAAACUUACCAGCUUGGCAACAAACACUGUGGUGCAGACCUACAAUGCUGGCCGUCCUGUCUGGAGCUGCUGCUGGUGUCUGGAUGACACAAACUACAUCUAUGCUGGCCUGGUCAAUGGCUCUAUCAUGGUUUAUGAUCUGAGAGACACCAGCUCACAUGUCCAGGAACUGGUGCCUCAAAAGUCCAAGUGCCCCAUGGUAUCCUUGUCCUACCUGCCCCGGAUGGCUUCAGCAUCACUGCCUUAUGGUGGAAUAUUAGCUGGGAGCUUGGAAGGAGCCUGUUUUUGGGAGCAGAAAUCUGGCAUCUCCUACCGUCCUCAUCACCUGCCCCUGGAGCCUGGAGGCUGCAUUGAUAUCCAGACAGAAAUCACCACAAGGCACUGCCUGGCCACGUACAGACCAAGUAAAAGUAACCCCUGCAUGCGUUGUGUGGUGAUGGAGCUGACCUGCAGCCCUCUGACAGAGGCCUCUGAAGAUGUGGUCUGUUCUUCUAACCCUGUUCAGACUUUCAGUGCUGGCCCCACCUGCAAGUUGCUGACCAAGAAUGCCAUUUUUCAGAGCCCAGAGGAGGAUGGCAGUGUCUUUGUGUGUGCUGGUGAUGAGGCAUCUAAUUCUGCCCUGCUCUGGGAUGCUGGCAGUGGCUCCUUGCUCCAGAAGCUGCAGGCUGACCUGCCUGUGCUGGAUAUCUGCCCCUUGGAAGUGAACCAAACCCACCUCCUGGCCACACUGACAGAGAAGAUGGUGAAGAUCUACAAGUGGCAGUGAGAGUGGUCACCACAGUGGCCACGGAGAGCCUUCCCAAAUCUGCUGCUGAUCAUCCCCACACAGCCCCUGCUGUCCAGGAGACAGAAACUGCUGCAGCACCUUUCUGGCAGGAGGUGGGAACUGGGACAUCAUGGAGCCCGGAGCAAUUCCUUUUUUCCUCCAUCUUCCUUUUCAGGUCUGCUCUUAUUUCUUCUCUGGUCAGUUUUCUUCAGUCAGACUCCUCAAGCUGCCUGAUCACAGCAAUAAUUCUUGGACUGUCCUCAGUGUGCAUCCUGCCCCUUUUUUUGCAGUGUGAGUGCAGCUCAGGGGCUUGCAAACCCCAACUAUGAAUCAACAGAGGAAGAGAACAGAACUGGAGACCUGAGACUCCCACUGCACUUUCUCAGGGAAUCCUGCUGGGGUUACCUGGUGACAAAAUGGUGGCAAUGUUGGCCUCUUGCUGGCAUGGCUGCUACUUAGUGUAAAAGCAAGUUCACUGCUGUUCAGAACGUGCUGCCACUUCUUUCUGAAGGUCCAGGACAAGGCAGCAAUUACUCCCUAGGAGGACAGGCAUGAUUUGUGGCCAUAGAGAGCAUAAGCUUGGAAAAUUCUACAUAAAACCUUUUUCUUUUGUGUUUUUUGUGAAUUUUUCUCCACAAGAGUAAUUUGCACUGUGAUUCCCUAAUUCUCUGCCUGUUUCCUUCCCUUUCUCUUGCAUCAUCUGCAAGCAAACUUGAACAAGUUUGGUUGUGGAAAAUAAAACCAGAGCUGUGGAGGUGAAGAGGAGGAGAUGAUGCUCAUGCUGCUGCUCUCCACAGUGUCCUUCCUAGAGACUGGGAAAAGAAUGCUGGCUGCUUUUCGGGUUUUUUUGUGUGUUUGGGGUUUUUCCCCCCUUGUUGAGGAACUGGUGGAAACUCUGGGAAUUCAUCAGCUCAUUUUCCCUGACUUUUUGCCUUCUUUACAUCAGAGCUUUAAAUCCCAGCUCCCACAACCUUGCUGCCAGCUGUGUUAAUGUGCAGCAGUCUCACUCUUGCCAUGAUUGUAGCCCACCUGGUGGGAUCAGAGGCCCAGGGACAUGUGGUGGCCAAGGGGGGGCUCUCACCACUUUGGUCCUCAAUAUGCCCAGGGAGUGUGAGAACAUUUCCCCGAGUCAAAUCAUGAAACAGGAUUUGGGUUUCAUUUUUAUCUUUAACUGAAGCAAAUUUGCAAGGGGUUUGGGAACUAUGGGAUGAGAUCCCUGUGCUGGAACAGAUCCCUGGGCACUUUGCAGCACCCAUUCUGUUUGAAUGGAGGGUGCCACCACUUAAACUAGAAUAAUUUUAUUUUCCUGAAGUCUGGGGCUUGUUCAGCAUCAUCCUGUUUGUCUUACCUCUUAAAAUGAC